AUGGAAUCGAUUGCGAAUUUUCCAGAAGCUGCAAAUAAUUAUACCUUCAUUCAGUGUGCAGAAAGAAUGAGGCGAUUGCGACAAGGAAUGUACCCAGCCACACCUCAAAAUAUUUUAGAGUUCCACAAUUUACUAAGCAAUGAUGAAAAUCAAAUGUUUACACUAACAUUACAAAAAUUACAAUUUUAUCAAAGCCCAUUGAUUGUGAAUGGAGUUAUUAAAGGUGUCCUGUUUUGCAACAUAGCUCAUAUACAGAAAAUCAAACAAAAUUUAAGAAAUUUAUCUGGUUGUGACUGGACAUUCAAAACUGUACCAAAAUUUUUGGAUAAUGAUGCUUAUCAGAUAUUCUCAUUCCAUAUCCUGUUCAAAAACGUUGUAAGUUUUUUCCCACUAGUUCAUGCUAUCCUCACAGGCAAAACACAGGAUAUCUAUAUACAACUUCUGAGAUACGUCAGAAGUGUGUUACCAUUAAAUUAUGCAGAUUUAAUCAUAAUAACAGAUUAUAAGUAUGGUCUAAUUAAUGCUGCAAAAAUAGUAUUUCCGGAGAGUAAAACGCAAGGAUGCUAUUUUCAUUUUUGUCAGGCAGUCAUACGGUACACUAGAGUCAAAAAAUCUCAAAUUUUUCAUUUAAUAACAUCAAAUUUGAAUGCAAUUUAUCAGUUACAAUUCCUAGAAAAUCAAUAUAAUAUUGAAUUUCAACAAUUGAUAAAUAAUUUGAAUAUACGACGAUCCAAACAUGUUAGGAAUCAUAACACUGAAGUUAUAAGGGAUUUAAUACAAAAGCUAGUGAAUGACAGGGACCCUACCUGA